GCUCAGCGGAUUGACCAGUACCUACCUACCCACCUACCUACCUAACUACCGCCAUCAUGUCCGCCUCAGACAGGACGAGCGAGAGCGAGAUCAGUGACGUUGAGAAAGCCACCACGGCGGAGACCCUGAAGGAAGUGUCUGCCAGCAAUGCUGCUGGGUCCAGUGCCCUAACUGGGCUGCCGUUGUAUACGGUCCUGGUCGGGCUGGGACUGGCGCUGUUCCUGGGGGCUAUGGAUAUGGCCAUGCUUGGUACGGCCGUUCCAUCCAUCACCUCGACCUUCCACACGACCGCUGAUAUCGGCUGGUAUGGCGCGGCAUACCCCCUCACCAUGUCCUCCAUCCAGCUGCUGGCGGGCAAGAUCUACGCCCAGUUCCCGCAGAAGCUGGUGUUCCUGGUGUUUUUCGGCCUGUUCAUGCUGGGCUCGCUGCUCUGCGGCGUGGCCACCACGUCGCCCAUGUUCAUUGUCGGACGGGCGAUUGCGGGGGCAGGGGCAGCCGGGGUGCUGUCGGGCACGUUGGCCAUCGUGUCUGCCGUGGUGCCGCUGGACAAGCAGUCGCUCAUCCUGGGGCUGAUGAUGUCGCUGGUGGGCACGGCCGUCGUGCUCGGCCCCGUCAUCAGCGGCCUCCUGACCGACCACACCACCUGGCGCUGGUGCUUCUACCUGAACCUGCCCUGCGGCGGCGUCACUCUGCUGGCCCUGAUCCUCUUCUUCCGGCCGCCCAAGCGGCCCGCCCGCGCCACCCCGCUGUCCCUCGCGCAGCUGAUCAAGAAGCUCGAUCUGGCCGGCUGUCUGGUCUUCAUCCCCGCCGUCGUCAUGCUCCUCCUGGCCCUGCAGUGGGGCGGCGACGGCAGCACAGCCCACGCCUGGGACUCGGCCACCAUCAUCGGCCUGUUCUGCGGCGCCGGCGUCUCCCUCAUCCUCUUCCUGGUCUGGGAGCACUACCAGGGCGAUGACGCCAUGCUCCCGCUCAAGUUCUUCAAGGACCUGACCAUCAUCGCCAGCUGUCUGUACGGCUUCGCCCUGCUGGGCGGCUACGUCGUCGUCGGAUACUACCUGCCCGAGUGGUUCCAGAUCAUCAAGGGCGCCAAUCCCCAGACCAGUGCCGUGAUGUUACUCCCCAACGUCAUCACCAACUUCAUUUCCAAGGCGGUGAUUGGAAUCAUCGUCAACAAAACCGGCUACUUCAACCCCUGGCUCUUCUUCGGCGCAGGUGUCCUAGCCAUCGGCUCCGGUCUCGAAACCAACUUCCACCCCUCGACCCCACGCCCCAACUGGAUCGGCUACCAGAUCCUCCAGGGCGCCGCGCUGGGCAUCAUCCAAGCCCCCACCCUCGGCGUGCAGCUCGCCCUCGCCAAGCAGAAGCAUCUGAUCCCCGUCGCUCUCUCGCUGGUCAUCUUCUUCCAGUACUUCGGCAGCAGCAUCAUGCUGAGUAUCUCCGAGACGAUCUUCCAGAACCUGCUGCGCCCCGCCCUGGUCAGCAAGGCCGGUAUGACCGACGCCCAGGUCCAGCAGUAUGUCGCGGCGGGUAAUUCGGAGGUGAGGAAGUUGACGGAUCAAAUUGAUCCGGACAGGUUGGGCGUCGUGUUGGAAGUGUAUAAUGAUGCAAUUGCCGGGGUUAUGUGGCUUUCGACGGCGGCGGCCUUGUUUGGGUUCCUCGUGUCUUUUGGGUUCCCCUGGAAGAGUCUGAAGGCGCAGACGGAGGAGAAUAACAAGGAGGCGGCUGAGGCGGAGGUAGCUGCGGCGGAGGCUUGAGAUGGUGAAUAUUUAUUUUAAUGGGAG